AUGGAUAUGAGCAUUUAUUCAUUAAUCAUUCUAAUUCAUGGAAUUAAUGCAGCAUCCCGUCAUGGAAAAGACCUCAAGCCGCACAUGCCAAACGUGUGUACUAAGCAGGAGGUAAAAUUGGUGGCCCAGAUGCAGCCGUGUGUCCAAGCCUUCAGACGGAUGGUUAAAGUUUGGAAGCAGGGAUGCCAGGGACAGUCUUGGUGUAUGGGCUACGAGAGGAGGACGGCAUACUACACAGCAUUCAGACAAGUGUAUCGUCAGGAAUAUCAGACUGUUUGUAAGUGCUGUCCAGGAUGGUCACAGCUCAAUGGGGAGGCUGGAUGCUUGUAUCCUGUGUGCAGCUAUGGCGUGUGCUUUAAUGGAGGACAUUGUAGAGAAGGUUCGGCCCAACUCUGUGACUGUCCGGCGGGCUUUAGUGGCCCAAGCUGCCAGUACGAUGUGAACGAAUGUGAGGAGACCAAUGGCGGCUGUGAAUCUCUGUGCUGUAACACCAUCGGCAGUUUCUAUUGCAAGUGUCCCGCAGGUCAACAGCUCAAAGAAGAUGGAAAGAGCUGUCAGGAUAUUGAUGAAUGCCAGGUGCAUAAUGGCGGCUGCCAGCACAAAUGUGUGAACACCAGGGGGACAUAUCACUGCCAGUGUAACGCUGGUUCUCGACUGCAUGUGGAUGGACGCACCUGCAUCGCCGUUCACUCCUGUGGUGUUGGAAACGGUGGAUGUGAGCAUGUUUGUGUCCAGCAGAGCGCAGGUCAGUUCCAGUGUCGCUGUCGACCUGAAUACAGACUCGAUGCGGAUGGAAAACACUGUAAAUUGGAGAACCCUUGUGCGGUGAGGAACGGCGGUUGUUCUCAGGAGUGUAUCAGGGAUGGAGUUCAGACCCGCUGUGGAUGUCAUCCAGGUUAUCAGCUUGCAGAAGAUGGCAAGACCUGUGAAGACAUUGAUGAGUGCCAGACGGGCCAGGCGGACUGCGCUCAUGGUUGUCAUAACACCCGGGGAUCUUUUAUGUGUGUGUGUCACGCUACCUAUGAAUUGGGUGUUGACGGAAAGCAGUGCUAUCGUAUAGAGAUGGAGGUUGUGAACAGUUGUGAUCGUAAUAAUGGUGGUUGUUCUCAUCAAUGUGAGCAUUCAACCAAUGGACCCGUGUGCAGCUGUAAACAAGGAUACCAGCUAGACGAUGACCAUAAGACCUGCAUUGAUAUAAACGAGUGUAGAGAUGGCAGCUUGUGCUGUGAGCAGGACUGCACAAACUAUCCUGGAGGAUACGAGUGUUACUGUACAGCUGGAUAUCGUCUGAACACCGACGGGUGCAGCUGUGAUGAUAUAGAUGAGUGUUUGGCUAUAAACGGAGGAUGUGAUCACAUUUGUCAAAACAGCGCUGGUUCAUUCCAGUGUUACUGUAGACGUGGAUAUCGUCUUGAUGAGAAUCGACAUUCAUGUAUAUCUCUGGAGGACGCAGUGGAGGCUUUGAGCAGCGGUCAGACAGUGGAUCGACCGCGACCACAGAUGACUGUCCUGCAGGAUUAUGAACAGGUUCUAGAGAGAUAUGUUGACUAUGAGGGGGACGCGGGGGAACUGAGAGCUGAGAGCGUGCUAGCUCAGAAAUUCAUCUGUUUGAAUGAGUCGUUCGGCUUUGACUGCAGUCUGUCUUGUGAAGACUGUGUUAAUGGUGGAGUGUGUAACAUACACAGAAACGCCUGCGACUGUCCUGAUGGAUGGACGGGAAUCAUCUGUAAUGAAACAUGUCCUGAUGGCUGGUUUGGCAGGAAUUGUUCAUUCAUCUGUAAGUGUAGGAAUGGUGGUGUGUGUGAUCCGGUCACUGGCAGCUGCCGAUGUCCACCAGGAGUCAGUGGAGAUCUGUGUCAGGACGGUUGUCCUAAGGGUCUCUAUGGAAAGUUUUGUAAUAAGAAGUGUAAUUGUGCUAAUAACGGACAGUGUCAUCGCACGUAUGGUGCAUGUCUGUGUGACCCGGGACUGUAUGGACGAUUCUGCCACCUGUCGUGUCCUAAGUGGACGUUUGGACCGGGCUGCUCUGAAGAGUGUCAGUGUGUCCAGCAGAACAGUGCAGAGUGUCAUCGUCAUCAUGGCACCUGCAUCUGCAAACCAGGUUACCGGGGCGACACCUGCAAAGAAGAGUGUGAAUCUGGCUUUUAUGGCUCUGGGUGUGACACAAAGUGCUCUUGCCUGUCUGGCGUGACCUGUGAUCAUGUGACCGGGGUGUGUCAACCCCAUUGUCCACCUGGAAAGAGAGGAGAAAAUUGUGAUCAAGAUUGUGUUGAUGGGAGAUUUGGGAUUGGCUGCACUCAGUCAUGUGACUGCUCAGGGGCACCAUGUGACAAGAUCACAGGCCAAUGCUUGUGUCCCCCUGGAACGUUUGGACAACGCUGUGAGAAAGAGUGUGCUGAUGGUCGUUGGGGUGUUGAGUGUCGGGAAACGUGUCCAGCUUGUGAGAAUGGAGGACUUUGUGACAAACUAAAUGGCACGUGCAUCUGUCUGCCCGGAUACAUCGGCAGAUUCUGCCAAAACUUGUGUCCCAUGGGCCGGUUUGGCCAGGGUUGUCAGCUCAGAUGUCCGUGUGGUAAUGGGGGUCGGUGUGAUCCUGUGAGUGGGCGAUGCUCAUGCCCGCCCGGUUGGACGGGGCACCACUGCAGAAAAGCCUGUGAUGUUGGCCGCUGGGGUGUGGACUGUGCGAGUGUGUGUGACUGCAAAAACAGUGACAGAGUGUGUGAUGCUCAGACGGGACACUGUCACUGUGAGGCGGGAUUCACAGGACCACAAUGUGACCAGAAAUGUCCUGCUGGUUCUUUUGGACCGGGCUGUAAGCGUCGCUGUCAGUGUGACAAUCAGGCAUCAUGUGAUCAUGUGGGCGGAGCUUGUACCUGUAUGGUCGGCUGGACUGGAACCUUCUGUGAAAAGGCUUGUCCACAGGGAUUCUAUGGUCUGGAGUGUCAACAGAAGUGUGUGUGUAUGAACGGGGGUGUCUGCAACCACAUCAGUGGAGAAUGUUCCUGUCUGCCAGGGUGGACUGGCACAUAUUGUAACCAAACUUGUCCUGUUGGAUUGUAUGGAGAGCGCUGUUCUCAGGUCUGUGUUUGUCACAAUAACAGCAGCUGUAAUGCAGUGAGCGGUCAGUGUGAAUGCACUGCGGGGUGGACGGGAGACAGCUGCUCACAGCAAUGUUCUCCAGGUUUCUACGGGGUGGCCUGUGCUCAGAGGUGUCUGUGCCAGAAUGGUGGUGUGUGUGACCCUGUGGAGGGCCGAUGCUUUUGCCCCAGAGGCUGGACGGGCACCGCCUGUGAACUGGAAUGUCCUGCAGGUCGGUUCGGGUCAGACUGUCAGGACAGGUGCGAGUGUAAGAACGGAGGUCGGUGUGACAGACAGACGGGUCAGUGUGUUUGUCAGCCGGGCUGGACCGGAGAACACUGCGAGAAUGUGUGUGUAUCGGGGCAGUUUGGAUUGGGCUGUGAGGGUCAGUGCGAGUGUGAGCACAGCGCCCCCUGUCAUCAUGUGAGCGGGGUGUGUUUAUGUCCUGCAGGAUGGAGAGGAAGACGCUGUGAGAAAGCAUGUCUGCCGGGCUCAUACGGUCAGAACUGUCUGCAGCACUGUUCCUGCCUGCAGGGCACUUCAUGUCAUCAUAUCACAGGAGACUGCAGCUGCCCGCCUGGGUACACAGGCAACGGCUGCGAACAGAUCUGUCUGCCUGGCACGUUUGGCAUCAACUGUAAUCAGGUGUGCCAGUGUUCAGAGAGAAACCAGCUAUGCCACCCAGUGACUGGAGUGUGUUACUGCGCGCCAGGAUUCACAGGACCAACGUGUGAAAAGGAGUGUGAUGAGGGUUUGUAUGGACCGGACUGUGUGUAUCAGUGUCAGUGUUUGAACAGUGGAGUCUGUCUUCCUGCCUCGGGCACUUGUGAAUGUUCACCCGGCUUCAUCGGUGCCCGCUGCAAUCUCACAUGUCCAACCGGACGCUAUGGGCAUGACUGUGCCCGUGUGGCAGUCUGUGGAAAGGGAGCGAGAAACAAUCCGGUCACAGGCAGAUGUGAUUGUUGUGCUGCAGGCUGGUUUGGACCGGAUUGCUCUCAGCGCUGUGACUGCAGUAAUAGAGGUCUGUGUGACACGGUCUCAGGAAACUGCUCAUGUGGUCUCGGGUGGACUGGACAGCAUUGUGAGAGAGAAUGUCCUCAGGGCAGGUAUGGUCCUGAUUGUGCACUGGAGUGUGUGUGUCAGAACAACAGCACUUGUGACCGAAUAACAGGAACCUGCCAAUGUAAACCGGGUUAUUAUGGACAGCGUUGUGAACAUGUGUGUCCUGCUGGCCUGUAUGGGCUGCAGUGUCAGCAGCAGUGUGACUGUGUUAAUGGUGCAUCAUGUCACCAGAGUUCAGGUCAUUGUCUCUGUACCGCUGGAUUUCAUGGUACUCGCUGUGAGAGAGAAUGUGAGCAGGGCACAUUUGGUCAGAAUUGCUCCCAGUCAUGUGACUGUGCGGAAGGCACACCGUGUGACCCGGUGAGCGGCAUGUGUAUCUGUACAUCAGGAAAGACUGGAGCCAGGUGUGACAGCAAUUGCAGUAUGAACCGGUACGGUCCUGACUGUGCUCUGACGUGUGAAUGUGAAUAUGGAGCUCAGUGUGACAGUAGAAAUGGACGCUGCACGUGUCUAAAUGGCUGGAUUGGUCUCACAUGUUCAGAACGUGGAUCUCCGCUGCUUGACCACAGAAGUUUAGGAGAGCAUCCGUCACAGUCCAACUACUCAUGAGUCCAAAUCAAGCACAGUUGUAUUUAAGAUUUGAUUAAAGUUUCUUCUGGACCAAUAGGAACCUCUUUAGCGUUUGCUGGACGUGAAACUGACAAAGGCACACUAAAAUGCAGACUUUUGAAGACUGCGAUGGCCGUGACUCAGCAGUGCACUUGCAGAGGUGCUGAGACUAAUAAAACUGCUGAAAACCGAAAAAAUCCCAUUGAAAAGGAAGCUAUGAGCAGCAAUGAAAGCAGUGAACGCAUUUCAAAGACACAGCUGCACUUACCUUGACUGAACACCAGUGCUGCAGCGCAAAGUCUUUUGUUGGCUGUAGUUCAUACUUGAUCAUUUUUUUAAGUGUUCUUUCAGGGUAUGUUUUCACAAUGCCUGUGUUAAAAGUACUGUUGUGAUAUGAAUGGUUUUUUAUUUGGAUUCCCAUUUGAAGCAGACUGUUAAAGAGGAAAAAAAAGUGAAGUGCCUUUUCGUUUUAAUAACUUGUGUAAAGGUUUUUGGUGCUACAAUUAGUUUGUCGCUCUAAAACUCUUUUCCUGGAUUUAGUUAGUUCACCUACAUAUUUAAAUUCUGUCUAAAGCAACAUUUUAUACAAUUUAAUUUGAACCUUCUGAGACCCGAGCGUGACUGCUGUGUGCAUUUGCCAUUCCCCUUUGUGAUUUGUAACUAGUAGCACCUAAUAAACAUGCAAUAUAUAUAUAUAUAUAACAUCAGAAAUUUGCAUAAUUCUGAUUCAAAGUAAUGGCCAGCAUCAUCCAAUCAAUCACUGCCAAUCAUGUUAAAAUAAAAUGACACAUUAUAAAUUCUGAAUCUAUGUACUGAUUAUAAUUGUCACAUGUCUGUCAAACAUGUUGAGUGGUCCAAACAUCAUCUGCAGCCUGAAACUGAACUUUUGAUCAGGAAGUUUGGAUUGAAUGCACUUGGCUUCAUAGGAAAGCUAUAGGAUGCUCCCUUGCUCCCUAUUUAGCAAAAGACUUAACCUCCAGUAUGCUGUCUGUCUGCACUGGUCUCAGAACAUUUCUAAAUGCACCUUAUUUUCAUUCUAACUCCAUAUAAAUCCUCUGAAAGCAACCCCAUUAAUUCUCAAUGUGAUAAUGCAGUGAAUAUAGGAUAUUUUAAUGAAAAUGAGCCUAUAGUCCAUGUACGUGGUCAUUGUGUUUAACAGCGUGUAAAUUGAUGACAUUUUUAAAAUGGCAUAUCAGAUGAUACUAGAGACUGUAAUAUUUUGACUCAAACAGGUUUUAAUGUAAAAACUUAAUUAGGUUUCUUACCUGAUGUAGUUUUCUCCCAAAGACAAACUCAGCUGAUAUUGGCGCCAUGUUGUUUUGUCACAUGACUCAGUGCAUCGAAAGUUUAACCCUUUACUGACAGCCCAGAGUCUCCUGAACUGAGAUCAGUCAGUUUAAAUGAAAUUAAGCGUAGCCUAUAGCGAAGCCAAAAUGUAAUGUCCACGUGUACGUGGGGUCUCAGGAGGUUAAAAUAAAAUUCCUGUAUCAUCACUCAGUACAAAAUAUGUUUACUAACUGCAUAAAAUUAACAUUCUUUAACAUUAUCAAUCUGUAUUGGUUGUACCUCUAUGACAGUCUGUAACAUCUGAUAAAUGUCUUUAUGUGGAUGUAAUUAAGAUAUUUAAAUGUAUACCUGAGGUGACUUACAGUUUUUAUAUAUGGUGCUAUAUUGGCCUUUAAUUAAGGAAGGGCAUGUUUAUGAAAUAUAUAAUACCAGAAAACGUUGGGAGCUACUUAUUUUUAUUUUUUUGGGCCUAUUUCUGUUGUAUCAUUUCUAUCUGUUCAGUUUAGCCUUUUUUGACACGUGAUUUGUAUAAAGUUGGGAUUAUUUAUAUUUUGUAAAAUAUAAAUGUGUGAAAUGCAAUGUAAAACAGAAUGCAAUGAUCAGUGUUGGGUGUAAUCUGAUUAAAAAGUAGUUACUGUAAUCCAAGUUUGUCAAGAAGUAGUGUAACAUUACAGAUACUGACUUUCAAUUAUUUGCUUUCACGUACAUUACCUGGGUUAUGCACAUAACUAAAUAUUCCCAUAGAAUACAUUUAAAGGAUUAAUUAUGUUCAUAUGUAUGACUGUUUGCAUUUCUGUGAAAGUUUAAGAGACACUAACGAGUCACUGUAAGGGAGAAAUGCGAUGUGCUGAGUGUGUGACAAUGAACAAGGAAAUAUACUGUAGACGUUAUUUUGAAUUCGCAGAGUGGGAAAACAUGUUUUUGUUAAGAAUGUUUAAGAAAGUAGUUAUUUAAAAGUAGAGUAAUUAGUAAUGUGAUAAUUUCCCCUAUAAAGUAACGAAUAGUGUAAUCAGACUACAAUUUUAGAGAAGUAAUUAAGAAAUGGA